GAUGUUGUAAGGGCCUUAUAGCAGCUUUACGUUUAUUACCGGGAAUUCUGCCGCAGCAAAUAAAAGAUGCACGUGGAUAGUACAUCGACAUACUUAUCCUCGUCGAGAAGUAUUGACUGAUUGAAAUCGACAGAAGAAGAGAGAAUCGAAGCGCUCGUUGUGCAGGGAGAGCUUCUACCCUGUUUUCGUCCUUCAAAAACAAAAAAAAACAUACAACUGAUCAGAAACAGUGAGUUCAUUCCAAGAAGAUGCGUCUUCCUUCUCCGGCUUUGCCGGGAUUGGCGCCCCACCCGGGUGGAAAAAUGGCACUGCGUGCCUCGGGCUACUUCGCGGCUCUGAACCUCCUGCUCAACUCAGCCGGUGUUAUUUCCGUCGCCGAAGCUCGCGGCGAGGGCAUCACCACGAAGGGUCGGGCCGAAAAGCUGCUGGAGAAGCAGGCCAUCUCCGUGACCCCACUCGGUAUCAGAGUGCACAACUAUUUCAUCCCCUCGUCCUGCUCAUAAUUUGCAGGGCAUACUUACACGGCAAUGGACGCCACCCGGGCGCACUUGUGUUCUUUGCAUGACAGCUCCAGGCAGCACGGACUGUAGUACUGUCCAGCUGUAGCUCCUGUCAUUUGUCAUGCGCGUUUAGUGCUACAACGAGGCUACAACUGGAUUGUCAUUGUUUCAUUUUUGCACGACAAAAAAUUAGAGGAACGUACGAAGGGAAGCCGUGCACUGUCAUACCCGGUGCAGCGAAUUCCGAGCAAGAAGAUGCUGGCACGGACGAACCGUCGUCGCAACACAUCGAAAGCGGCCACUACGCCAGUUUUCUCGACACGGAAUUGGAUGUCCAGAUAUCCUGUGCAAAAGUAUCGUACUCGUAGUGCAAUCAUGCAUUACAAGUCUUUCUCUUAAGGUAAAUCAGCAUUACAAAUUUUAUCUCUCAUGCUGAGGAAAUUUGUAAUGCAUUUAUACGACGAGUACGAUACUUUUGCAAUUUAUACCAGACGGGCACCUCCAACAAGGGGUCCAUCUACACCUACGAAACUAGUGGCAACAACGAAACGCUCCCGACGAACACGACGACCGAGGAAGCGGUGGCCGAAGGCGGCGUGGAAGAAAACGAGAAACCGGCUGAAGUAUCAAAUGUAAAAAUGUCUGGGUCUGGAAGAGUCAUGCUGUAGUUUUUGCAUGACACAGAAGGGCUGGCAUGGAAGCUCUAGCAUUACAGGUUUCGAGAAGCUUCCGCGAUGCCGAAUCCGCAUGACAAAUCCCCCACUUUGGUGGCUGAAAGUGGGCAGCUUUUGCUACCCAUGCAUGAGAGAUUUUUCUGUGUUCUGAAAUGCGCAACACAAGUUUGUAUUCUUCCAGACCCAGUAGACACUUUUGCAUUUGAUAUGAAGUAGAGAAGGACGAUGAAGCUGGUGCGACAACCACUUCGACUGCCCCCGCCGAGAUAUGCAUUGAAAAUAUGUCUGGGUCAUCUUCUCGAAGACUGCAAACUUUUGAUGUGGAUUCUGGAACAGGCAAAAUAAAAAUCUGUGUUGCAUACGUACUUUUAGCAAAAGAUGCGUGCUUUUUGUCCUCAGGAUGGCUUAUUAAUGGCAUUUCUCAUGCAGACUAGGCAUGAAAAACGAGAACCCUCCGCAGAUGAAUUUGUCAUGCUCAGUGCCUCUUAAGGACCCUCUUGCACUUGCAAAGGCUGGAUCACAACUGUCUGUUUUCUCUCAGACCCAGACAUGUUUGCGUUUGAUACGAAGAGACCGGAAGCACCAGCAAAAGCGACGCCAGCUUUCUGGAGGACAAGAAGGUGCUGAAUGAAGUUGCCACGAACAAGGGCGCCAUCUACAAGUACGGGGAGCAGCAAGCCGAGGAAAACAACGAAACCCUGCAAGAAUAUCGCAAGAAAAAAGUGUUACAGUUACACAUUGUGUUGCAAGAGCGGCAACACAGACAACCUUUCUCAUGCAGGAAAUGCUUAGGAGCCUCGUUUCCUUCCUGUUUUCCCUUAUGAUCUUCGCAUUACAAGUUUUCUCUGCCAGGCAGAGAAAAUUUGUGAUGCGGAAACUCCAACAAGUGUGUAACUGUAACACUUUUUUCUCAUGAUAAAGAAACGAACGCAACCACUGCUGCGCCGUCCGCCGACACAGACGAGCAUCACGACGAGCCGCAGCGGUGGUUGAGCGCCGCAGAACAAGGUAUCCCGCCUGUGCCCCCGAGAUCACUACCGCAACCCCUCAUGUCGCCGGAAGAGUAUCAAAUGCAAAUGUGUCUGCUGGGUGUGCAAGAUUACAACGUGUCAUGCUAGAUCUGAAUCAGGCAAAAAACUGUGUUGCAUGAUUGCCAAGAGUUGUCCACUUUUGACCUAAUCGAGAGGCAGUUUCUCAUGCAAGAGAGGCAUGAUAGAACUCUCACAGAAUCUGUCAUGCGACGCCCUGCAUUCCAGACCUCAUCAGUCGUGGAAAACCUGCAUGACAAGUCUUGCAAAGCAACUACAUUGCUUCUCACCUCACUUUUUUGAGAUGGGUUUUUUCGUAGAUGGGUCUGUGUCAUAGUAGAUGCUUUACCGCUUUUUUACUUUUCUUUUCUCCCUCGGCGCUAGAGUUAUGGGUUUGCAUACAAGAUUAUCCCUACUUAGAUAACGACAAAAGCUCAUCCUGCAGCCGUCCCAGGAGCUCUUUGUUGUUGUCUCUCGGUAGUGAUUAUUUUGUCCAAAUCUAUUUCGGCUAGAGUUUAUUGCUGGGUAGGCGGCUACUGUUUUACGACAAUUUACACAGGGACGCCCUGCCCUUAGUUUCCCAACAUGACAAGUCUUGCAAUCUUCCAGACCCAGACAUAUUUGCAGUGCAUAAAGAGGAGGAGGUCGCAAUCGACCUGAGGAUGGCACACGUAUGGAAAGACGAAGAGGUAUCAAACAGAAAAGUCAUUCAUCUUUGUUCCAGCGCGGAAAAGGAAAAUUUGUGAUGCUGAUUUCCGGGCACAGAUGGUACCUGUCUUGCAAGACGGGGGCAAUGCCGUAGAAGACCACGACUUAUUUCAUCAGCACCAUGACAUCUCUAUUGCGGUUCAGUGUCUGCCAUGCUUCUAAACAGCUACGUGCGAUGUACACCUUCAGCCUUAGACAGGACUACGCUUAGCAUGCGCCUGUGCAUGACAAAGUGAGAUUGUGUAGGCAGAUUACGCUAGACAAAUUUCGCUCGAGUAUGGGAUGAAGAAACUUUUCCUCCUGACACAACGACGAGGAGAUGGACCGGGAAUUGAUGGAAAAUUACGGGAUCACGCGGUACCAGGCCCUACGCAUUGCAAAUAUGUCUGGCUCUGGAAAGUUGUGAUGCUAAUGUCCAAGUAAUACACAACUUGUGUUAGGGGGCCGCGCAUGACAAGUUUCUGAGCGGUGAUGUCUAGCGUGAACCGCAUGACAAAUGGCGGCCUUUUUGCAUGACAAGCAAGUUGCACAUCUGUAGCGCACCAAGCAUGACAGACCUUUCUGUCUUGUCGGCCAAGCAAGACAGACCAGCAUUCAUCUUCCAAAGCCAGACAUAUUUGCAAUGGAUAGGCGCAAGCCGGACACCAAACCGUGAAGGACAAUGGUACCUUGGACCUCUUCAAAUCGAUGAACGAGACCGGUAUGCUGACCGCCUUUGAACACCAGGACGCAAACCGCGACCUAUGCAUUGCAAAAAUAUCGUACUAGUAGUAACGGCAUGCGCAUGACAAAUUGAAUUUAGAAACACAGUGAAUUACCUACAGAUGAGACCAGCACCAGAUUUGCCAUGCGUGGUUGCAAGAAUUACUACGAUGACUGAGUGCGAUGAUUUUGCGCUGGAUACGACCUCGUGAUCGACGAAGCCGAAAACGCGGAGCUGGUGCACGCGGCGGACAUGGAUGACGACGGGCGCGUCACUGCCACGGAGUUCGGCGAGUACUGCGGCGAAGCGAUGGAAGAUGUUCAGGAUGGACAGGUAUUUAAAGACGUUUUUACCUCUGUUGUGUGCCGUUCUUUACCUUGCGAGUCACAUCAAAAACUCGGAUCGGUGGAUCCAAGGCACGGGUCACAAACAAAAAAAUCGGUUCGUCUUUCUUCGGAUUCAUCGCCAUCCGGCGGUCCGGACAGAUACAUCGCCAGCAUCCGGCGGCACUGGUGCUCUGCGAAUCGCUUCGGUGGCCAGAAGGGUGGUGGCCUAGGCCUACUUACUUCUCGCACAAAAUUCCGGCUGCGGUCUUGUUGCGGAGUAGACCGCGUCUCGGCGUGUUUUAAGGGCUACGCCUAUGCAUAAUCCUGCAGUACUUCUUCUUCUUCUUCUAGUAUCGUGCCUGGCCCAUAAAUCUACCCGGGGGGACUGCCUUGGCUUCUUGUAGUCUCUUCUUUUCCCCUGUAUAGUAUGUUUCAGUUUCCCCCGGGUCCGAUCUUGAAACCCCUCAAGAUGGCAGGGUGUACUGUAUCUGCGCCACCACCGAGUGAGCAGCCGAUAUCAUAAAAGACCAAGCGCACUUUAUUAGGAAUCGCCUGGCUCCCUAGAUUAAGUUCUUUAGAUACCCCACUCCCACAUAACUAUCUUCAAACCACCGAAAGCCAUUGAAAAUUCGGCCAAAGGGCGCUGCCGCUGAGAAUCCGCGAAAGCACUAGUCGGCUGUGCUACUAUGGGCACGUAUGUCGUGCGCUUCCAUUCACCAGACCGAUGGGCGCACACGAUCCGCGCCGCAAGAUCGUAAAAUACAACUACUCCUCAGUCUGGCGAUAAUGAGGGUAAAGAGUUCCCAUUCGCAGACGUAUCCGUAUGAAAUCCGAAAAGAUCGGCGUGCGCCGAAAGAAAUAUGGUGACUGAGUCAUCAGAUUCCGACAACCAUCCUAUACGAAAACAGGAUCCGUCGACAACCAGUGGUAUCAUGGGCUCCACCGUGUUGCAAAUCCAGCAUUCGAAGACUUUGCAGAUGAUGAGGUUGUUCAAUUGGUGUACGCCAACGGAGCGACCAGCGACGGGGGUCGAUUGGACGCCCGGGACCAUCACGACGGCGGCGUCGGAAGGUCCGAUCGAUCGUCCCGAAUUCCGACAACAGGUCGGAUACCCAGCGCAACCGCAAGAACACCCGCACGACAACGGGCGUGCAACAGCAAGGUUUGAAGGUUGAUGAAUAAUAUUGAUUUAUGUAUGAUGAAGUUGUUGGAGCCGAGUGAUUGCUUGUAUCUAUGCGUAAUCGUACCUGUUAUUCUUGUGCAUAGCGAUACACUUCCACUUCUGCGUUUUUUGAGAUGAUCAACCUCAGAACUAUUCGGAGUUGCUUUACCCAGUAGUUUAUGUUUACGUAAAUAAAGAACCUCGGGCGUCCGCCUCUCUUUCCCCCAGGGAGCAGAGCCGGAUCAACAAGGCACCAGGGCGCCACCACAGGGCUUCCCCCUGGGAUCGAUUGGUUAGGGUGCUCCCAAGGCCGUGACUCCGCGAGGGAGUUGGUUGCCAUGAAAUGACUCACCGGAGAUCCAACAACACGAAUCAGCCGUCCGAGUCCCCCUCGGCGGUUGGGUGGACUAUGUAGCGGUGUUUGUUAGUUGAGGUUGCUUAUUUAGAUGCGUCGGUUGUCUCUUCGCUGGCGUUCGUGCUCAUCUCCUAUACUUACUUAAUUGUAUAUAUUCAACGGCAAACUUAUUAUGUGCGAGACGCAGGCCCGGGCCCGGCCAUAGCUAGCCGAGCUAGCCCCCGACCGCUCCUAGUAGAACACAUCCAGAUCAUCAAAAGUCGAGGAAUUCCCUGAUGUCUUUCUCAAUCAAAAUGUCCAACAAUGGGUCACCAGGUUUCAACCAAGAGGAAGACCGGCAACGGUGUUACGUGGCGGAAUCGACCCGACAACUGGACAAGCUGCUCCCGGCGCGCGCUAUAUCGGAGGACCGCAGACCCUGCCGUCAGGGCAGUCCCAACUGACCGCGCACCAGGCGCAGUGGUACCCCCGCUCUCAGUACUCAUUCGCAGAGAAAAGCCACGCGAAAAAGAAAACAACUCCAGAUGCUUCGGUACGGUUGGCCUCGUUGCCGACAUCCUUCUACUUUUACUUUUUUACUUACUAUUAAAUGACUUCAGUCUCCUUCUUGUUCUUCGCCUUGAUCUUGUUCUUUCGUUUACAUUUAAAUGUAGUUCAUGAAGAUGCGAAGCCUGUAUGAAGCGGUGAGGAAAAAAAAACAUUGUCAACUUUGAAAUUUCACGCAUGACCUGCUUCACAGGGGUCAGGGGACAAGGCUGCACCACAAAAAUUUGUUCACAAACGAACCACUGCUAAAUUAAUAUCAUGUACAUUAUCAGGAUGACAAUGGCCGUCAUCAUGGAAACGAACUAUUUCAGGGCGUCACGAAAACGACGACAACGAGGAUCAUCUCCGACGAUGGAGACUUAUGGAAGCGAUCUGGGCGUUUUCCCAGUCCAAUGGUGGCAUUCUUUGGCAAGAAUUUCGAAUGUCUGGCGAGGACACGGUGCAGUGCAGCGAGCACCCAUGCGGUCAAUAAGUACGAAGUUCUUUUGACCUGCGCCGUGUUUGUUGCUGCUCCUCCGCGUGUCCGCGUCCGAUCGCGGUAUUUUUGCGUUUGCCUUUGCAUGAAGACUAUCACUGCGUUCAUAGUUGUCCGUGCCAUGUUUCACAUAUUGACUUGAUAAUGCACCUGGAAAACGAGAAACGCUCAGUGCCUUUCUUCUCGCUGAUAAGCAACCGCCGUGGAGCAAGACACGCGGGCGACUACGACCUUCAACACCGGGAACGACAACGCGAAUACGUUUUAUUCCGGGAAUCAAAUUCCUACCCGCGUUUGAUGAGGAUCCGUGCCGUUUUCUUUUCUAUUAUGACUGCCAACUGUCUUCGUUUUGCAUGUCAACAAAAUCGCACGUCUUUCUACGAUGAGUGCUCUACAUAAUUACAUGCAUUGAUCAUGAGGAAAAUUCAAAGUGGACGAACCAAAUACUACACUCAAGACUACGCUGCUGCUUGAGGAUAUUUUUAGAGUCAUCCUGCGUGGGUGGCUUUGCAAGCAUAAAGCGCACCGCUCCGUGGAAACCAACGCCGGCUCUGCGGGGACCACCGAGCCGGGCGAGGACGUGACGCAGAAUUCGUGAGCACGAUUUCAUCGACGAAUUGAAAAACGGGGAAAGUUCGCUGAAAUUAAUGCAAAACUUCUACUUACAACAUGAGAUGAACUCGAAAGAAGCAACGAACUACAGAGAACGAAAACACUUGUAUUUUCUUACAAGAACUUUUUGAAAAAAAAAAGUUAAACGACAGAAAAAAUAUAGAGUAAAGCGAAACAAAGACUUACUCGAGCGGAAUGCUGCAGCCGUUUAUGUGUACAUUUAAAAUAUUGCGUACCUAGCGGUGGUGCUGCUCCUUGAUUACUCCAACUUCAUCGAGCGGUGACAAGCUGCGUCGUCGCGUGAAUCUGAAACUGUUUUAUCCGCAUGCAAAUUCCGUAUGUCUCCCCCGUACUUGUUGUUUCUAAACACUUUUCAAAAAACACUAUCUACAAUUUCCAAAAAGGAGACUAUGAUAGACUCAUCAAAAUAAUACUACCCCGAACAAACGACGGUCUGUAUGAUUGAAAAAAAAUUGUUUGACUUGAGCAUCUUUUGAGAAUAAAACACGCAGAACAUUGAGAAUAUUGUUUGACAGUGGUUGUUCCUGACUGACUUUGCCAACCACAGUGUAAUUUCGUGCAAGCAUGAAACAAGACAAAUCAACUGGAUGAACUGCAUUUACAAGAUACCCAUCAGAGUUCACGAGCAAUGAAUAGUAUGUAGUGAGGUUAGAAAGUCCUCCGGCUUUCUUUUCGGCGCAUUGCGGACGAUAUCGCGCCAAUUACAAUUUACGAUUACGAAUAUAUAGCAACUGUAGAUGACUAAGAACUCACAGCGACAGACUACCACCUGAGAGGCUGAAAAAAUUAGUUUACCUUUACACGCUCGGAAAAAUAUGUAUUAAAUGCCGUUGAAAACAAAAAGACACCACACGAAUUUUCCUUAGCAGGUAACCAACAUGUACAUACGAAAAAGUCGCAAGCAGUACUGUACAAAAAUGCGUCCUGAUUACACCUCCAGCACCUGCGAGGACCAUGCAUACUAGUAAGACGUGUGUGUGUGAAAACAU